CUGCUUACGUCUGCGCAGUACACAUCAAAUUGGUUGAAUCAGUGAAUUUUUGUGAUAUUUGCUUGUCAAAAGUUGUUAUUUUUAUUAUAAUUCUGAAGAUACAGCUAAUAAUUUUUCAAAAUGAACAGGUUAUUUGGUCGUGGUAAACCCAAAGAACCACCACCAAGUAUUACUGAUUGUAUUACAGGCAUUGAUAAUAGGGCAGACACUGCGGAAAAGAAAAUAGGGAAAUUAGAUGCAGAGCUAAAGAAAUAUAAAGAUCAAAUGCUGAAAAUGAGAGAUGGACCAGCUAAAAAUGCAGUGAAAGCUAAAGCAUUACGUAUUCUUAAGCAACGAAAAAUGUAUGAAUCCCAAGUGGACAAUUUAAGGCAACAAGCUUUUAAUAUGGAACAAACAAAUUAUGCUACACAAACUCUUAAAGAUACUCAAACUACAGUUGUUGCUAUGAAAGAGGGCGUUAAACAAAUGCAGAAGGAAUUUAAGAAUAUUAACAUCGAUCAAAUAGAGGAUAUGCACGAUGAAUUAGCAGAUAUGUUGGACGAAGCAAAUGAAGUUCAAGAGGCAAUGGGUCGAAGUUAUGGAAUGCCCGAUAUCGAUGAUGAUGAAUUGGAAGCAGAACUUGAUGCCCUAGGAGAUGACCUUGCCUUGGAAGAAGAUACAUCAUAUUUAGAUGACGCUAUUAAAGCACCAAGUGCACCUGAUAAAGAACCAAGUGCUGCGUCAGUUAGAAAUAAGGAUGGAGUCUUAGUGGAUGAAUUCGGCUUGCCACAAAUACCAGCGAGUUAAUUUUAGUUAAAAUAAGUGUCUUCAAUUUAAGAUCACUUUCCAAUUGUUAAAUGCUUUAUCCACACAAAAAUGGCUUUUACAACUAACUCUUUUUUUUAAAUAAUAUAUAUAUAUAGUAUAAAAAAUGUUGUUUUUCAUUAAAUUUAAAAAUGUACAAGCAUGGCGACAAAAAAUUUAAAUAAAAGUAAGCUUAUAGCUAA